CGGCUGCCGGUGGGGGCGGGGACGCGCCGCAUGCCAGCGACGCCACCGGCGCCCGCCGCGGCCGGAGCAGGGGCCGGGAGCUGAGGGGGGGGGGGGAGAUACACACCCACACCCACACCCACCCCCACACCCACCCCGGUCCGGACCGGGCCCUUUGUUUGAGCUGGCCGGUGGGGGUGUCGCGGCGGCGGCGGCCCCCCCCCACUGCCCCCCCCCCCCCGUUAGGCGAGGCGAGGCGGCGCCGGGAGCCUCCCACCCCCGGCCCACCCUGCCCGGGGCUCAGCAUGUGACGCGGGUAAGUCGGCGGCGGGCGCCGCGGUUCCCCGGGCUGCCCCCCCCCCCCCCCCCCCUCACCCCCUCACCGCUCCCCGGGCACCGACCCUCGGGCGAACGGACAGACGGACGGACGGACAGACACACACACCGGGAGAGCGGCGACCCUGUGUCAGGGGAAGGAAACUGUUCCUCCUGCUCUGCCGCUUCUGCUCAGGAUUGAAGUGGAUCUAGGGACAAAUGGAUGACUGAAUAUUCAUAUGAAGAGGAAAGCCAUAAAAGACAUCAGCGCCUUUGAGAACAGAAUGUUAAUGCUUGAUGGGAUGCCGGCAGUCAGAGUCAAAACAGAGCUGCUGGAAUCCGAGCAAGGGUCUCCAAACGUCCACAACUACCCAGAUAUGGAAGCUGUACCCUUGUUACUAAACAACAUGAAGGCAGACCCCGUGGAGGAUUCAUUAUCUACAGACCAUUUCCAAACACAGACUGAACCAGUGGACUUGUCAAUAAACAAAGCCAGGUCGUCCCCUACAGCAGCUUCAUCUUCACCAGUUUCCAUGACAGCAUCAGCCUCCUCCCCUUCUUCUACUUCUACUUCUUCUUCUUCUAGUCGGCCAGCUUCAUCACCCACAGUAAUAACAUCGGUAUCCUCAGCAGCAUCUGUACCAUCAGUAUUAACUCCAGGUCCUCUUGUGGCCUCUGCCUCUGGUGUUGGAGGCCAGCAGUUUUUGCACAUUAUCCAUCCAGUACCACCUUCAAGCCCCAUGAACUUGCAGUCUAACAAAAUGAGUCACGUGCACCGUAUCCCCGUGGUGGUACAGUCGGUACCUGUUGUCUAUACAGCUGUGAGAUCACCUGGGAAUAUGAACAACACUAUAGUUGUACCACUGUUGGAGGAUGGGAGAAGCCACGUCAAAGCACAAAUGGACCCCCGAGGCCUAUCUCCCAGACAAAUUAAAAGUGACAGUGAUGAUGACGACCUGCCAAAUGUGACCUUAGAUAGCGUUAAUGAAACUGGAUCUACAGCGCUCUCCAUAGCCAGAGCAGUACAAGAAGAGAGCAUGUGGGGCUGUGCCAGGUCAGCUGUUAACCCUUUUCGUUUUUUCAACUCCAGAAUUGACUUUUCGCCAUUGUGGGUCCCUGAACUGGCUCGCUGCAGGAUCAUACAAGUGCCAGUGCCGACACAAGGGAAAGCAACUACAGCAAGACUGCCUUGUUCAAUUUCACCAUUCAGUAUUGAGAGCACAAGGCGUCAGAGAAGGUCUGAGUCUCCAGACUCCAGGAAGCGGCGCAUCCAUCGGUGUGACUUCGAGGGAUGCAACAAAGUAUACACAAAAAGUUCCCACCUGAAGGCUCACCGAAGGACGCACACAGGAGAAAAACCCUACAAAUGUACCUGGGAAGGCUGCACCUGGAAGUUUGCUCGCUCCGACGAACUGACGAGGCAUUACCGCAAGCACACGGGAGUGAAGCCAUUCAAGUGUGCAGACUGUGACCGCAGCUUUUCCCGCUCAGAUCACUUGGCGCUCCACCGCCGCAGGCACAUGCUGGUUUGAGAAACGCUACCUGUUCCAGCUGAGUUUAAGAGCUGGGUCUCUUAACUACCCGGAGUGAAUUCAGCAGGGCUGAAUCCCCCUCUACAGUGUUAACAGGCAGGGCUUUCCCUGAUGUCCGUAACAAAAAAUAGCAACAGAAAUUAAAAAAAAAAAAAAAAUAGCAGGAAAAGAAGUGCCACUCUUCUCCUCGCCAUCUGAAGUUAACUCCGUCUGCCCCUCAGCAUGGCUACCCCCUGAAAGUGUCAUCACAAUCACCUGGGAAAUAGCAGCCGAAAUGCUACAGGAAUGGGCAUUAUUUUACAUGCUGCGUCCUUUGACAAAAAAUGUUUAUAGCUUCUAUGUUUUCUCUGAUGUCGGACAUUUUGUUCCUGAAAAAUCACUGCUGAUUGGAGGAUUAGAUAUCACAAACCAAUGAUGAUGAUGAUGAUGAUGAUGAUGAUGAUGAGAGUGAGACCGCUAGACCUUUAUUAUCCCAUCUUUUUCCCUUGUUUUCAAUACCAUCUGGCCAGUGUCAGAAUUACGCCCGAGCUGCGCUACAGACAAGCUGCGUGUGACUAGGCAAGAAGAUUCUGCUGGAGAGGUCCUGCUGUCAGAGCUGAAGGGUCGCUUGAGCAGACUUUUGCAAUAAUGAUGGUGGCAUUUUAAUAUUGUACCACAAUUUGUCAUUAUGCCCUAGAGGACGCCAGUCAUUUAACCUUUUUCUUUUAUCUUUUUUUUUUUCCUUUCUUUUCUUUUGUUGUUGUUGUUGAAGUCUGUAAAAUAAACAAGGGGCAGCAGCAUUUCUGCUGGAAGUACAUUAUUAAGUAUCUGUAUUUUACCAUGGACUUAUUUAGAACCGUUUUCUGAUUUGUAUAGAAAGACCUCAUCUAAAAGCUACUACCCCAUUCUCAAUGUGCAGUUUUCUUUCAUGCAGGUAUCCUCUUCCCCACAACCAUUAUUUGAACACAAGGAAAUAGUCAGAUCUUACACUCACUGGUACCAAGUUUAGUGGUGUAGCCAUUCAUGAAAUGGAAUUGAAUGUACCAAAAAAAAAAACAAAACAGAGAAGAAAUGGCUGCAUCUCUUGCAGAGAAAAAGCAAUAAUGAGUAAAAUGGCUCUCAAGACAAUAAUUUACUCACACUGACCUAAGGGGGGGAUAUGCAGAAAUAGCACAUACGAUCAUUUAAGUUAAUCUUUCUGAUGGUUUCACUGACCUGCUAGGUACCACAAUUAAGUACUUUGAUUUCCUUAAGCAUAAUAUUUGUGUCUGGAAAGCAAGAAAGAUAAAGGAAAGAGCUGAUUGUUGAGGAGUCAGUGGAUGAACUGUAAGUAGGAAGGAGAAAUGUUUCUGCAGUGGUGCUCUGCAAGACAUUAGGUUUCUCCCUGGGAGUUAGGGAAUAAGAUUCUGCCAGCUGUCUAGUAUGAUAUAAAUGGCCCUUUAUAUGGGUACCAGUGGCCGCCUCUUCUGGGAUUUUCAAUCCAAGCCUUUUCAGAUUAAAUAAAAGGAAAUUCUUGAUCAUUCCCAUACAGCCCUAUAAUUGUGAACCAAUUUGUAUUAAUUGAAUUAUGUAGGAAAGAGAGAAACUCUUAGUCAUCAGUUGUUCAUGCAAACAGAAUAGUGUUUUUCUGUUUUCUUUCCUCACAAGGAUCUGCCUAUUCAGCUAAAUUUGACAAAGAGGAGGCUUGGCAAGAUUUUUUAAGUGUUGAGAUUUUUAUAGCUUAGAGAUGAAAGAUGUAUCCAUAAAGGUCUUUUGCAAUGCAUUUAAUUAUGAAUAUUCGGUUCCAGGAAUUGAGCAGAUUAAACUUGUGAUGCCACUUGUUCAUUUUUAAAUGUUUAACCAGUCUGAAUUGAUUUCUGAUUCCUGAAGUAACCGUAGUAAUGUUGGGGGGGAGAUUCUGAAAUCAAGGUAAUCUUCAAGAAAAAACAGCACAGAGUGCCAAUACAGAUACUGAAUGAAUUACAGUUAAUUAAGGAUUAAUGUGACUGCGAUAAUACUUUGUAACAGCAUUCAAAGGCCCCAGAACUUGUUUGUCUUUAAAUAUGUUCUUAAUAUUCCCCAGUACUGGGUACUUUAUCAGUGCUCUGAAAGAACUUAAAUACUGUUAAAGCUCAGGGUCCCCUCUGCCAAGUGGUCACCAGAGAAACCCAAAGCAAAUUAUUCACAGCCAUUGUGGGAAAAAUACUUCUAUCAAUUCCCGUUAACCAAGCUGGUAAUCAACUUCCACCAAAUUCAGCAACAUUUUAGUAUCUGGCUCCACAUCAGAAAUGAGCAGAGACACUAAGUGUCCAUGCAAAGAGGGAAAAGGCUGCGGCUGAUCAGGGCUUCUGGGUAGGCCAUGAGGCAUUGCAGGGCAGCAGAACUGGGUCUCUACCAGCAGAGUUACUGCUGUUGGUUUAAAAAACUGGUUGUCAGUGUUGUGCGUGAGAUGGUUCAUGGAUUACAUCUGAAGUCUGUCUUUUACAUAUUUCAGUGUCAUCCCCUCAAAUGGAUCUGUCAUUCUCAGCGUUUAGGGAAAGAAGUCAGAUUGAGUAGAAGUCAAUUGAUAAAAUUAUUUUCAUUUUCAAGAACAUUUUACCAACUAUUUACUUGAAUAGCAGUAAUUCAGUUGAAGGCCCAAUGGCAUACAGAAUUCCUUUCAGAAUCUGAUUUUUUCUUCUCAUGGAAAAUUAAGUUUAUUUGACCAGAAACUCUUAAGGAUGUUCUGUUAGCAUACAAGAGGAACAGUAAGAGAGAUUGUCUCUGAUAUUAUUCACAAAGGCAGGGUGUAAUGAAGAGACCAGUGUCCUCUUCAGGCUUCCACUGUCGUCAGUGAAGAGAGAAAAACUCCAGGAGAAACUGAGAGGCCUCAGAUUUCAGCAUUCAGCUCUGAACUGCCCCAAGGAGGAGCAUAUGUAUCACAGACCCUGGGAAGGCUCAUCUCCCAAAAGGCCAAGGUUGGUCUAUGUGAAUCCCUUGUCUUUCAGCUGGUUGCCCAUUACUUUAUGCAUAGGAAACACUGACACAGAAAGAGGGUCUGUCUUUAUUCAGGGAACCCCAAAGUGAUACAGGAUUAAAGCAGCACUCACGCCAAGGGACACAGGCACAUAGCGUGUCACAUGUAACAGAAUGAAGCCAAAAGGUAAAGGAAUGUACACUAAAUUUUCUUAUUUCACAGGCAGGAGGUAUAUCCUCUAAGCUUUCCAGCACAUGUGUAAGGGCUUUUCGUGCUGCUAUUACCUCUAGACAAUUUACACAACCAGCAGUAGUCCACCACUGGGUUUCAAGUACCCAGUAUGGUUCUUGGCAUGUUUCUUAUUUGUACCAGCACCUGCAGAUUUUGACCCCAUAUACUCUGUGAGGUUGUUUUCUGGCUUGUUUUCCCCGUCAGAAGUUUUUUAAGAGAAGGUACUCUGUGGGAGGGGGGUGUUUGGAUGGGGAGCUGAUAUCCCCCAGAUUCUCAGGGUGUCCUUCCCUCAGUGGCUGUGGUUCAGACCCACCAAACUUCUGUGCUUGUGCAAAGACCAAGGGCGAUUGCUCCAGGGUAGUUUCCUCAAAAAUCCUGGUAUCCCACCAGAGGUCCAUGACAUUUCAUAACCAUGGUGAAGGCGUACAUCAUAUGUAAUGUGCAGAAAUACCAGAUCUUGUCUUGACACAACACAGUAGGUCCAUCUUAAUUGAGCAGUUAAGAGGGACAAAUAUACAGUGUCCCAUUAUUUCAGAAAGAUAGAUUUAUGCUUUUAAGUGUGACUGAAGGAUGGGUAAUAUCCACCAUGCCCUUUACAGCUUACAAGGGAAACUAUGCCCUUGUCAGAUUUCAUGUGUUUUCAUAAGUGUCAGAUUUCAUACGUUUUCAAAAGGAUUCAAUGGAUUUGUCAGGAAAUACCAGAAGCCAACAUGAUAGGAAAAUGUAACGAGCAAGCAGCUUUGAUACAGAACUUUUUAAAUUUUAAAUUGUCAUUAUUUUUUGAGCACCUGUUUUACUCAGCACUGUAAAAUUGGCUCAUUGCAACAGCAGUUUAUACUUGGGGACGAAGAUGCAGUAUUCCUUAUUCUCUAUCAUGCUUACACAAUUAAUUAAAUAGAUUUAGACUGACUUGUAUAUAUGAUUAUUUGCUGGAGUAAUGUAUAACAAAAUUAACAGUGUUGAAAUUACAUCAGUGAUAUUGAUGUCUGGGGUAAACUCACAGUGCAGAGCAUGGACAAAUAGCUGGACAACCUUUCUCCCCUUUAAUAAUGGGAAUAACAGUGAUCAUAAGUCUCCUUUUCCAUUAGCCACAUUGAAAAUGUAUUCUAGUUGCCAUUUAUAAAUUUUAUCUUCUGAUAAUAAAUGCUGUUUAAUGGAAAAACUCUCUUUCUCCUUUAUUGAAGGUGGGUACCUCAAAAUCAGAGUAAGUUUCACGAUUAAUAUCCCACUUAUUUUUUAGUUUGAACUGUGACUUGGAAAGGUCAGUCUGUGAAACUGCAUCUUCCACAGCAGACAAGUCUUAAGAUCGUUCAGUAAAUCCACCCUACUCCCGCAUGCUCAUCCAUACACUCAUGCAUAUAAAUCCCAGCACUUCCAUGUGCUUCCACCCAUGUGCAUGUAAUAAACGAGUUUAUUUAAAAAAAAAAAAAAACAGAAAAGGAAGAAUUGGAGAAACGCUAAAAGAAAAUACUACCUUCUUAAGAAACCAGCUCAUGUUACUGUAUUAUGCCUUGCCUGUGAUUUAUAACUGGAGAACUGCACAAAGAACUUUAAAGAUUGUAAUAUUUUCACAGUUCCGCAGUAGCGUAACAGUUGCUGUGUAAAGUGUGCUUAUGAAGUCACGCCUAUUGGUAUCUUGAAAAUGCUUAAAUUCUGAUCAAUUUCCACAGUAAAUCAGGUUUUAGUACAAAAAAUGUAAUUAUAAGGAUACUGCAUCUUUAGAAAUCAAAAUACCUUGAAAGUAUUUUACUAUACUUGUAACAGUUUAAAUAUUCUGUAAUAUAUGUGAUAGUUGAAAAGUAUUUUCAAACUCACAAUUUUACAUGGGGUGUAAAUAGGUUAAAUGAAAUGCAUUUUUAAAAAUUCUUUAGUUUUCAUCAGGAAAACUAGUAAGAUAAUGCCUUGCAAAGCUUAAACACAAAACAUAAGUAAAUUGUUCUGUUUUGCCAGAGCAUGUUUUCUCUGCAAAAUGGAGUGGCCACUUCUUUGCUGUUUCACAGAUGGCGUGCAAUAUAGUGAAGUCAUACUGAGUCCUUCAGUGUCGAAUAAGUCAACGCUCAGAAUGUCUUUGACUGAAUAAAGGAAAAAAACACUUAAUCGAAAUGAAAACCAUAUGAAAGGUUUUGGGGGUUUUGUGUGUUUUUUUUUUCCUUCUGGCAUUUUACAGUGAACUGCAGAUACAAUAAUAGUAAACUCUCAUUUGAUUUUAUUUCUUCUUGUAUUUCCCUGACUACAGUGCAUCCUGAGUAAAGGUUGCAGAACUGAAAUAAGCAGCUGCUCUUUGCUGAUUCCAGGGGAGUUUAGUCUUCUAGGUGCAGUAGUAUGUCAACAAAAUCAACUGUAGCGGGACAGUUGUGACAUUCAAAAUGCAUAUACACUUCAGCAAGAUAGCCUCAAAUCUAUUCUAAAAGGUGUAACAGAAACUGAAAGUGCCUGUAAUUAGAACUGAUGGGAUGUUCCUAUACUUUUACACAGCAAUAACUUACGGAAUUCUGUUAACAAUAAGGUGAAAAUGAAAUUUUACUCGGAGAACAAUAAUGCAGCACAGAAACAAACACAAAGUGCCAUUUGUAUUUUCACAUGUUGAGAUAUUGUGUUAAAGGUUUUAGUUAUUUUCUCAGAUAACAUCUGUCAUACACUUGUAAGAAGAAAAUGAAUCUUGGUUUACAAAUGACUCAUAUCCAUAUCAAUUCUCAGUAGAUGUGAAUGGAAGUCAUUGUCAAGCAGUAUUUUAGGGGAUUUCUUCCUAAUUUGUGUCUGAUGUGCCCAUGUAUCCAGGGUAUUCUCUAGUGAAAUAAUCCAAAAACCAGCAAUAAGCCCAGUGGAGUCUUUUUUAGGAUAUAUGGUAUAAUGGGGGUUCUCUUAAAAAAUCCUCUGCAUUGAACUUUGAAAACACGGAGUUCACCUUAUGUCUUCUUUCUAUUCGUCAUGUAAUGCUCAUAGUAUUUAAUAUCAUCUUAGAACUGGUUGACUUCAGGAGUGGACAAAAUAUAUCUCUUUUCUUUCUUUUGGGGACAAGUAAUUGAGAAAUUGGGGACUGUCAGUCUAGAGACUAUUUGAAUAGCAAACAAGAAGUCAGUAUUCCUAAAAUGGAGUAAGGAGAUUUUUAUAUUGAGUGGCCUAAUCAUUUGCAUCAAUAGACUAAUUGAUUUUACAAGAAAAUGGCCAGGUGUGACUCUCCCACUCUUUUUUUUUUUUUUUUUUCUUGCAAUUAUUUUUGUGUUUUAAAUCUGGUAGGUUUCUGUAAUAAGAAAAAAAAAUAUAUUACUAACUGCUGCUAAUGGAUUCUUAAAAGCAGUGUAAUGCCAUCCCUCAUGCUUCUUCUGUUUCUAAAAAUGAAUUUAUUGGAGAUCAAAAUGUAACUGGUCAUCCUAAUACCUUUGCCAAGGAAGAUUGCUUUCCAUCCUCUAAAUUUGUACCUGUCACCUAUCCAGACAGAAUUUUGUAUUUGAAAAAUUCUGCAUUUUGCCUGGGCUUUUGCUGCCAUCAGUGGGUUGCUGCUGGAAUGGGAAGAUGGGCAUUUAGUUUGUAUUCACUGAGGCAGGAUUGGGUGUGCACAAAGAUGCUCAUAUACAGAAGAAAAUGCAGGUGCAAAAAAAAAAAAAAAAAAAAAAAAACCCACAAAAGCACAAAAGCACGUGGACUCGCAUGUGAAAACUAGAAUUUAUCCACAUCAUUUAAACAUGUGACAAGACCACUAGUUUAGUAACAACUUAUUUUUGAAUGUUAGCCACCAGUGGAAAUAAUCCUAUCAGAACAUGCAUAUACUUAUUCUGUCAUCUUGAGCUUAAUCUCCAGAUAUGAAGCUUAUGAAGGAACACAAAUUAUCCUGGGGGUUUUAGGAAGGCACCAGAAAAUGUGUCAUCAGAAGGACAGAGGAAACACUGGUUUCUUACCUCCUAACUCAGUGUUGGGAGGUUUGGCUGACUCCAGCCCUACAUGUGUUAGUUCUUGCGUAGGAAAGGGCACCUUGUCUUCACCAUUCCAAAAUGAACCAGGAUUUUUUUCCUUCAUUCUGGAAAACAGACACAGAGUUGGUGGUUUGUUUGUUUUUGUUUUUGUUUUUGUUUUUUUUCCCUCAAUUUUACUGUUUUGCCAGCAUACUUCUAUAGCGGCUUAUUCUUGCUGACUUUAAAUUAUGAAAUAAACUCAGUUACCCUUGUAAUUUUUGGAUUAUUCAGUACACAGUUAUUCAGUCCUUCAGACAAGCAGAACUGGGCAUGUGAAUUUUAGCUAUUACGAAAAUAAGAAUAGAAAAAAUUAUCUGAGGUCCUGUUGUUCACGUGUGUGACCUGCGACAUCUUCCCCCAUUCAGUCUCAAAGGUUUCAGUGAACCAAGAUGCUGCCAGUCAUAAAAGAGGAGGUGGAUGGUGUUUCACAUAUUGACUUGCUAAACCUUGCUCCAUGAUGUGACCUCUGCAUUUAAAAAACAAUAGUUCAGUAUCUGUUAGGGGACCACAGGUGAUAGCUUUGAUGGAUUGCCAUAAGCGUGAACCGUGAAAUACAGAAAUAGGUUCAGAUACUGCUUUUCUCCCUGUCCCUGCCUUUCUAGACGUACAGAGCUUCUUUAGAAAGACAGAUAGAGACAUAAUCUUCACUGCUGAACUAAUCUUUCUCACAAUUCAGAGUUCGUGUUGUCAUUUCUGGUUUCAGAUUAUUUUUCACUGCUACAUUUGCAUCUUAUUUUUCAUUAAAAAUCCCCACAGUUUAUUUCUUUCCUUGUCGUCCUAUACAUAGCUUUCUUGGUAAUGUAAGUUCUCCACUGAACACCUACGCAGUAUGCUCUCUUGACCUGCUGUCUGUCCCUAAAAAGUUAUUAUCGCCCAUUUGCACUUGCAAUAGAAUAUGCACAGAGACAGUAAUGAAUUACUUAAGUUCCAUGCACCAUCAGCUUUAAGACCUUCAACCCACACACACAGACACACACAUUAAUACACUUCAAGUGAAAGAGAGAUUUGGACACUGCUAUCAACAUGUGGGGUCAAAAAUACCAUUAAAUUGGAAAGUUCUUUCAGCUGUGUUCAGGAAGAAUCAACAAUCAUGAAAAAUAUCAUUCUUGGCCAAGUCACUUAUGGAAGAAGCAAAUUCCCCUAUGGCAUUAGUUGAAUGAAAUCCUAAGGAUGGGGGUGCAUUUGGCCCCAAAUUGUUCCUUCUGAUCAGGUCGUUAUUGUUGUAUGUACCAAUGAGUGUUCAUUUGAUCCUCCUGUGUAAAAAUACAAAAACAUCCCUUAGUUUACAAAGUGAUUAAUUUGGGACUGAAGCUUCACAGCAAUGGAAUUAGUAUGUACGGCACCUCAAUCUUUUUCCUAGAUAAGAUGCAAAAGGGAGGGUCAUUAUCAGUAACCCCAUAGAGAUAAUAGUGUCAAUAGAGGUCCUACACUUAAAAGGAAUAAAAAUACCAGCGCUAGCAAGCAAACACACUAGUUUCUUAAGUCUUUCUUUUGCCUUCUUUUCAAAAGCUUUUAAAUGCAAAAAUUUUUCUUCAAAAAUAAAAGCAAACAUCUGAAGAUCUAAUUUCCCAAUAGUUUCCUCUGCAUUUAUAUACUAUGUAGUGUUUAGGCAACACCUAUGCUAUAAGUUUAUUAAUAUUAUGUAAGUGUUGUUCUUGUAUUUAUGUAUAGUGUAUGUAUUGUAAAUAUACUCAGAGCUUUUUUUCCUCUUACUGUAAAAUGGUGAUUUUUGCCCUAUGAUAAUGUAAAGGGAGUCCCCUAAUGAAAUUCUGUCAGAGGAUGAUUAUUCCACUCUAUUCUCAAAGAUUUAAAUGAGCAAGUGUUAUCGUUUUUAAUGGUGUCUCAGACAUAUUUUGUUGGUGCAUUGCUUUUCUGUAUUCAACUUUCCUAUGAAUUGAGCUGUGAAUUGAAAUAGAGUUUAAACCUUUAAAUGUAUGCAUUUGUAUAAUUAUCUGAAUGGAGGCAUGAAGGUUAAAUAAAGCAUUUUGUAUGGAACAAA